AAAGGCUAUAAACUGAUCUUGAGCUUGCAUCACUCAUCCAAUUCUGUUCCUUAAUCCUCUCUCUCUCUCUCUCUCACUCAAUUUCGCUCUUUCUCUCUCUAAGUUAUCAGCUAACACAAAGCAAGGAAGCAGCCGACAUUAAAGCGCAGUAGGGAAGCAGCUGCUACCGCCGUCUUUAAUUAAGUUAUCGGCACAAAGAAUGGAAGGAGAAGUUGCUGCCGCCGUCCUUCAACCUCUAGUUCAAAACCUCAUCGACCUCUCCAACAAUGAGAUCUCUCAGAUCCGAGAUCUCAAAAAAGAUGCCGCAAAGCUAGCCGGGAGUCUCGACAUGAUAAAAAAUUUCUUGAACGAUGCCGAGACGCGUACCAUCACCCAGGAAGCUGUCAAGUGCUGGCUGAAGAAGCUUGAAGACGUGGUGUUCGAUGCUGACAAUGUUUUGGAUGAAUUCAACUAUCAUAUUCUCUCCAAACAAAUCAAGGCCGCUGAACCCAAGAAGCUGGCAAAGGUACCAUCAUGCUUCUCAUGCUUCAAGCAUAUUUCACGUUCUCGAAAUAUGGCUCUUAAAAUCAAAGAAAUCAAUGAGAAUUUGGAGUCCAUUAACGAAGAGGUGGACAAGUUUGGCCUGGUAGAGAAGCUUGCCAAUGAGCCUGCUUUGGUUAUUGCUGCUGUGGAAACUGCUGCAUACACUCUUGAUCCAAUUUUUAUUGGAAGAGAUGAUGCUGCGUCGAAAGUAGUUGAGAUGCUUACCGCCAAUAGCAUCACAAUUGGUGAACACGCAGUGUCCGUCAUUUCCAUUGUAGGGAUGGGGGGAUUGGGGAAGACAACUUUGACUAGGAAAGUCUUGAAUCGUCUGAAGAAUGAUAAUCGGUUUAGGUCAUAUAUUUGGGUGCAUGUUUCUCCAAAUUUUGAUCCAAUAAUUCUUUUCAAGAAAAUUCUCAAAGAGGUUUCCCAAAAUAACAAAGAUAUUCUUUCAAAGUCUGAUGAAGGUGCAGUUGAGAGUAAGCAAGAUAUUCUUUCAAAGCUUAAAAUAGCUUUGGAAGAUAAAACUUAUCUUCUUGUACUCGAUGACGUCUGGAAUGAAGAGCGUUCCAAAUGGGAAGAUUUUAUUAAUUCCUUGUUGGGAGUUAGUGGUGUCGUCAAAGGAAAUGCCAUUGUUGUUACGACCAGAAAUAUGAACGUGGCUUCAAUUGUGAAUCCACUUCAUGUACAUCAGUUGAAAGGCUUAUCGGAUGAAGAGUGUUGGUCAAUAAUCAGAGUAAAAGCCUUUGGAAAAGAAGAUGUUCCGUCAGAACUUGAGGCCACUGGGACACAGAUAGCGAAAAGAUGUCAAGGAUUGCCAUUAGCUGCCAACGUAGUUGGGGGAGUGCUGCAUAAUAAACCCAAGGAAAAAUGGCGUUUAAUAGAGGAGAAAUGGCUUUCAGCCAAUGAAGGAGGAGUUGAUAUCACAAACAUAUUAAGAUUGAGCUUUGAUAAUCUGUCUCCGCCAUUACUUAAGAAGUGCUUUGCGUACUGUGCGAUGUUUCCUAAAGGCUCCAAAAUCAUCAAACAGAAACUGAUUGAGAUGUGGACGGCAGAAGGUUUUCUUCAAGCAGAUGGAAGCGAUGACAUGGGUGAAAUUUUUUUCAACGUUCUUCUGCAUAACUCUUUACUGCAAGCUUCAGAGAGAGAUCGUUUCGGAAAUGUAGAAAGUUAUGGCAUGCAUGAUCUUGUACAUGAUCUCGCUUGUUCUGUUUCAAGUUCCUCUAACAAUACAAGCGGUAGCAGCCGAGGUCGAUAUAUCAGUCUUGGAGACGACAACUGCGGAGAUAUAUCAAGUCCUAUCGCAAAAGAAAUGGCAAAAUCUGUGCGUUCAUUAUUAAUAUCAUUCAAAGAUGAUAUUUCUGAUAUCAACUUCUCAGACUUCGAAAGUUUGCAUGUUUUAGGUCUUGACUCUGAAGUUAAAGAGUUGUCAUUUGAUAUUCGGAAGUUGAUACAUUUGAGAUAUUUUGACAUUUCAAAAACAGAAAUUGUAUAUUUGCCAAGUACGAUUAAGUACUUGAUUAACUUGAGGCAUCUUUAUAUUAAUGAGUACUCGACGGUAGAGUUGCCUAUGGGAAUUGGGAGAUUAACUUCUCUCCAAACGCUAAACUGCUUUCCAGUGGGCGAUGAGAAUGGCUGCAAAAUUGAAGAGCUCGGAAGUUUGAUUAAUCUUAAAGGAGAGUUAGAGAUUCGGAAUCUGGAAAGGGUUCAUGACAAGGAAGAGGCUGGAAAAGCCAAUUUAUUCAAAAAGUCAAAAAUAUUGACGCUGUGUUUGAAAUGGAAUGGAAGCAGAGAAGGUGAAACAAAUGAUGAGGAUGUAUUGGAAAGCCUUCAACCUCACUCAGAUCUGAGGGAGUUAAAGAUCCGGGGAUUCAAUGGCAGUAGGUUUCCAUUAUGGACUGAGAAGAUGUCAGUUCGAGAUGCGCCUCAAGGCUCUUGGGUGCUACUUAACAACUUAAUGUCGUUAAUACUCUAUAACUGCAAAGAAUGUGAAGAGAUCCCAAUGUUGGGGCAGUUGCCCAAUCUCAAGUCCCUUGUGUUGAUUGGAUUGGACAAUGUGAAGUGUAUAAAUUCAUCAUUCUACGGAAUGGUGAACAACGACACACGCAUUGUUUUUCCAGCUCUCGAGAGGUUUCAAUUGGUCUUCAUGGAUAAGCUGGCAGAGUGGGCAGAAAUAGAAAUUUCGGAUGGAAGUGAAGUGAAGCUAUUUCCUCGCCUCCAACAUUUGCAAAUUAAGUGGUGUGAGCAAUUGAUGAGUGUUCCAAGUCAUGUGUCGUCAUCAUGCCUUCAACAUUUGUCAAUUAGGGGGAUCGGUGUGGAAUGUCUGCCAGCUGAUUGGUUAUUGAGUAACAGCGAGACUCUCUAUUGGUUGAGUAUAAAGGACUGCUGGAAUUUGAGAGAAAUAUCAGAUAGGAGGGGAGAAGAAGAAUCAGAAGGAAGAAGCUUCACAAUCACAUCCCUCCCUAUAUUCCCUCGUCUGACAUAUUUGAAAAUCAAAGGCGUUCCUAAGUUAAGUUUGGAGACUGUGGAUGCAAUGCGGCGCCUCCAAAUUCAUGGCUCCAAAUACAUUGACCCUGACGGUGACGGUGAGUAUCAAUAUCUUUUGCUAGAAAUAGUUGUAUUUGUAUUUUAUUUGAAAAUGAAAUUCUAAUUAUUAGGAUUUGAAAAAAAAAAUCUUAUUUUAUGGAGUUUCUAAUUCAGUUGCUCUUAGUUUGGGGAUUGAUGUUCCACUUUCAAUUUUAUUUAUAUUUUUAUAUAUUUUUCUCUAAUUUCAAUUUGGAAUGCUUUAGUUUAAUUUUUUGAUUAUUAAUUGGGCUUCAUUCCAUCUAAUUAGGGUGUAUAAUUAUUUUUAAUCAUUUAAUUUCUCUUUCAUUAGUUAAUAAUAGGUUGAAAAAUUCAAAAUUAUGGUAUAUAAUUUUAUAAAAAUUUAAUUUUUGUGAAAUAAAUAUUAAGAAUAAUUCAUAGUAUUAUAAUUUUAUUUUUAUAAAAAAAUAUUAUUAAACUAAUAGAUAUAAGUAUGAGACAUAGUUACAUAUAUAAAAUUGUGGGACAAUUGAUCUCAUCCCUUAGUUUGUUGCUUCAACAAUAGGAGAUAAAUUAUUUUGAGUUUGUUUACUAUAUUUUUACAGCCACUUAUCAUCUUAGCUUUUUUUUCCAUUAAAUAAUUCUUUUUCGUAUUGAUACAGAAUAAAGUGAAAGAAGCAAACAGUUGUGUUUGAGGUGCCUCCAAAGAAUUAGGAGGUGAAGGAAGCGUUCUAGUGAAGAAGGAAUAAUGAGUAUGAUUCUAAAGCCAUGGCAGAGAUAGGGGAGCUUCUGAGGAGCAUGGAGACAAGGCGGAAGAAUAUGAAUGAUGACAGUGUAGUUGUUGAGUCUGAAGAGAAGGAUGAUGACAAAAAUUUAGACAACAAUGUUGAAGAUGAAGAUAGUGAAACAGAGGAUUCAGCAGCUGUGGAAGUUGAACCCAAUCCCACCAACACCAAUGAAAGAAUGUUGAGCAUAUCAUAUAACACAACAAAGUUUCAAUUUGCAUCACCAUUUGAAUCUUGCAAGUAAGUUCUAACUGGCAAGACAGGAUAUUUGGUUUUACUUUAUCAAUUGCAUGUUUUUCCUUGUUUUUAUAAACAGAUGAAAGUAGUAACAAGACUUCAUUUUGCAUAGACGAAAGUAGUAAUGAAACUACAAUUUGAAUUUUCUGGGCA